AUGUUCUCAAAGACACUUACACUUUUGGGGUUUGCGGCGGUAGCAUUCGCGAGGGGAGUUGCGAUAUCUGGUGGCGACUUUGGCUGCGAGAUUGAUGGAAGCUGUCCACUGGGCAAAGUCCAGCUGCCUCUCAGCUCGCUGGGCGGCGGCGACGGCGAAGGGCAGAUGAACCACUUUGCUCAGAAUGACAAGCUCAACAUGUUCCGGCUGCCCGUCGGCUGGCAGUUCCUCGUCAACAACCAAGCAGGCGGCCAACUCAGCGCGGCCAACUUUGGCAAAUACGACCAAGUCAUGCAAAAGUGCCUCGCGACCGGCGCGCACUGCAUGCUCGACAUUCACAAUUUCGCCCGCUGGAACGGCGGCAUCAUAGGCCAGGGCGGCCCGACAGACGACCAGUUCGUCUCGCUGUGGACGCAGCUCGCCACAAAGUACAAGGACAACGACCGCGUCGUCUUUGAGCUCAUGAACGAGCCGCACGACCUCGACGUCAAGCUCUGGGCGGCCACGUGCCAAAAGGUCGUGACGGCGAUCCGCAACGCCGGCGCCGCGUCGCAGAUGAUUCUCCUGCCCGGGACGAACUUCAACUCGGCCGCGUUCCUUGUCAGUAGCGGCAGCGCGGAGGCGCUGAGCGCUAUUACGAACCCCGACGGGACGACGGAGAACUUGGUACUCGAUGUGCACAAGUACCUGGACGAAGACAACAGCGGCACGCACAAGCCCUGCACGACGGACAAUGUGGAUAGUUUCAGGACGGUUGCCGAGUUUCUGAGGGCCAGGGGCCGCAAGGGGUUGGUCAGCGAGACGGGCGCCUCGAGUGAUGCUUCAUGCUUCACAAGCUUCUGUGCCCAAAACACCUUUAUCAACCAAAACUCGGACGUCUUCAUCGGCCUCGUGGGCUGGGCGGCCGGCAGCUUCGGCACCGACUACGUCCUCAGCCUGACGCCCAAGAAGUCGGGCAACACCUACACCGACAACGGCCUCAUGAAGCAGUGCGUCCUCGACACGUGGGCAAACACGGAGCAGAACGUCUCCACGCCGGCAACCCCGCCGCCGGCGCCGCCACCGCCGGCACCAUCACAGCCCACCGAAUCCAUGGUGGCGACCCAGCUCCCGGGUACAACACCGUCAGCGGCGCCCUCCGCCUCGGCGUCAAACUCGGCUGCUCCGACGUUGGCACCGCCCAGCAGCAGCGGUGACGGAGACGGCAUCGCGCCACCGACGACGUUUGAAUGGAACAGGGACGACUACGACGAGGCCACCGGCCAUUCCGACGGCGGCGGCGGGGCCGGCCGCGCGCCACCGCCGACGUUGGCGAGCACGCCGACCACCCGUCUGGUGGACCCUGCGACGCCGACGCUGCCCGCGGCGACGGGCCCCCGGGGUGGUAGGAAUGGAACAGGGACGACUACGACGAGGCCACCGGCCAUCCCGACGGCGGCGGGGCCGAGGUUAGAAGUACUUGAUAGCCUGCUGGUACUUGGUCUGGCAAUCGGCUUGUUCCUGUGA